GUGACGUGAACAGGUUUGAUACGCCGAGGUCGCCAUGCAUACACCUGCACCACACGGACGAACCUCUGCUUCUAGGCCAGAAUACUAGCAUCGAUAUCGAGGUUUCAAGUAAGAAGCGAUCUCAGUAGCAAGACCGUAGUUACUCGACACACACGGAAGUUCUUAAACCUGCGUGCCUGUCUCUCACCUACCGAUCAACCACGCCAGCCCGCUCAACCGAACAAUGGGAGUCCAAUCCAAGGAGGUGAUUCCGCCAUGGGGACUGGCAAUCGCCGGUGCGAGUGGUGCCGUCCUCGCCAAUGCUCUCGUGUAUCCGCUCGACAUUGUCAAGACGCGAUUGCAGGUUCAGGUCAAGAGAAAGCCUACCGAAGUGGCCACCACCACAAAUGACCGACACUAUGACGGUGCUUUACAUGCGAUCGGCUGUAUCAUUGAGGACGAAGGCCUAGCAGGCCUGUACUCUGGCAUGUUCGGCUCGCUUCUUGGAGUCGCAAGCACAAACUUUGCAUACUUCUAUUGGUAUUCAGUCGUCAGAACUCUGUACAUAUCACGACGCGCCGUCGCCGGACCUCCUUCGACCGCCAUUGAACUCAGUUUGGGUGCAGCCGCCGGAGCACUUGCGCAGCUCUUCACUAUCCCCAUUGCCGUCGUCACAACGAGACAACAGACACAGCCCAAGGGAGAGAAGAAGGGCAUGUUGGAAACGGCAAGAGAAGUCAUCAAUAGUGAGGACGGUUGGACUGGCUUGUGGAGAGGCAUGAAGGCAAGCUUGGUGCUCGUGGUGAACCCAGCUAUCACAUACGGUGCAUAUCAAAGACUCAAGGAUGUUAUAUACCCAGGCAGAGUGGCCCUCAGACCCCACGAAGCAUUCUUACUCGGCGCAAUGUCGAAAUCUCUGGCCACCCUCGCUACACAACCGCUUAUCGUCGCCAAGGUUGGUCUCCAGUCUAGACCGCCGCCUGCAAGAAUGGGCAAGCCCUUCAGCUCGUUCCUCGAAGUGAUGAAGUACAUCAUCGACAAUGAAGGUCCCCUGGGACUUUUCAAAGGCAUCGGCCCUCAACUCCUGAAAGGCCUGUUGGUACAAGGAUUCUUGAUGAUGACAAAAGAGAGAAUGGAACUGCUGUUCAUUCUGCUUUUCAGAUAUGUACGCAAGAUGAGAGCAGAGAAGCUCCAGAAGAUUGCCGAGUUCGCGGCCGAGAAGGCGAAGAAGGUCGCCCCUGUCAUGAUCAAGUAG